GCUCGGGAAGAUGCGGGUUGGCAGGGAAGGUGGAUGAGUGACUUUAGGAACAAGGAUACAUCGCGGUACUUUUGGAAGAGUUUGGGAAAUAAGUUUAUCCAAACUUUGACUUGGUUGUGUGGUCGGUGAGCGACAGGCAUUCGCACGUGAAACCACCUAAAACGGACUGGGACUGGCGAGAACUGGAAACUUUUUCUCAAAUGAACUUUUUAGAUCUUCCUGCUUACUUUGUGGCGCCUCAUUGACUUCAAGUCCCCAACUGUGAUAUGAUAUGAAACCAUCUUGGAAUAACCUUGUUUUGACGCAGCGUGAUAGAACCACAGAAGCCCAUAUGAAGUCUAACUUUUUUAAGAUUCAUUCUUCCUGGAAAUGGCAAGUCGUGCCAUAUUGAUGGAGCGGACAGCGGUGUUGAUAUGCAGUGUAUUGAUCCUAAUCAUCGGCUUCUGUGUCGGAUCUCCUAACCACAGCCGCCGGCUGGUCUGCUGGAAAGCCAUCCUGAAGUGCCACGGAGAGCCGGAGUGCCAUUACGCUUACGACCAGUAUGUUUAUGCUUGCGCGUCUGUCAUCAAUGGGGACCGCAAGAAGUGUCCCAGUCACUGCAUCUCCUCUCUCAUUCAGCUCAAUCUAACCCAAAGCGGCCCGGCUCUGGAGGACUGCGACUGCGCCCUGGACCCGGUCUGCAGGAACACCAAACAAGCCAUCGAGCCGUGCCUGCCGCGGACCAGCACCAUGGGCUGCACCGAGGCCCGGCGGCAGUGUGAGAUGGACCAGACGUGUAGCUCCGCUAUGAGGGAUUAUUUAUUUAACUGCCGGAAACUUUUCGGUGGGGAAAGGUGCUCGGACGAUUGCCGCAGAGUGAUCGCCAACAUGCGCUCCAUACCGAAAGCGCAACAGUUAGACACUUGUGUGUGUGAUGGCACGGACAGGAACAUAUGCGAGUAUAUCAAAUUCAGCAUGAAAACUUUCUGCUCCGAUGAUAGGUUCGCGGGCAGCGGCUUUUCAGACGCCGAGGAUGAUUCUGAUGACGAUUAUAUCGACCAGGAUGAUUAUCAAUAUGUGGAAAAAUCAAAAAGUGACUCCCCACCUGCUCAGACAUUGUUAAAUGUCCUGACCACCAUUUUGGUUUUAACCAAAUUUAUCUGAUAAGCUGCUGCCAUUAAGAACCGCAGGGAAGUCAGUGGUUUGGCUCGUUGUGAAUCAAAAGUCAACUCACUAGAAUCUGUGUGCCUUGUUGUUAUCAGCCUUUUCUUUGUCAUUAAACUAACAUUUGGGGCUUUUGAGUUCAACACUAAACUUUCUGCUACACAUCUGCACAGUUCACACAAUCCAUGCGAUUAACUGUUUGUUAAUCACCCAGUAGCACAUGCUCAAUUUCAGUUAUAAAAAUGUUAGUCAUCUAAUAAUGCUGAAGGAGCCUAUUUUUGUAUGUUGGCUAUGUAAAGAUAGAUUGUACAGUAUAUUGUAUAAAAAUAUUUGUUUAUGAGUGACAAGAGAUUUGCACUGUAUGAAUAGGUAGGUUCCACUCUUUUACUACAUUAUGACCACACAGGAAGGAGAAAUGUUUAAAGUGCCUAAAACCCUUUAUAGCCUACCAGUUUUAUUCACCAUAUGACCAUAUCAGAGGCAUGCUGUGAAAGCACAGUAAUUAUCUUGUACCAGCUGUACAGAGACUUUCUCCACAACCCCUUCAUUACAAACCAAAGUUGAUGUAAGCCACUGAAAUGUGUCUAAAUCCCAGGGAAGAUAAUGCAUCUGAAACAAGUAGCUCCUCCUUAACCUUGUAAACAUGGAUGUUUGCUGAAGGUAUAACAUGUUUAUAACGUGUUUCAUCCUUGAAAACUGUUCAAACAUGAGAAGGUAAACUUCUCUUGGGGAUUUGCAACCCAAAUGGAGCCAAGAAGCUGUUGCGUCAGUUUGUUUAUCCUCACCCCCUGUGUUUGUUAAAGGUCCUCACUGAGAAAAUAAAAAGAUAAGUGUGUGUUCAGGUGAGUGGAGACAUUAAGUGCCCAUUAAGAACACACUCCUCUGAAUGUACAUGCACAUUAAAUAAAGAAGAGUUUUUAAAGGA